ACUUACUUCAAUACAAGUAGCAUUUUCCUCUUUCUAUUUUAUCUUUCUCAAGAUGCUUCCCGUUUUUAGUCUAAGGUAGAUUUAUUUAUUUAUUUAUUCCGUUUUUCAGCAACAAGCAACGAAUAUUAAGAGAGAGAAGAGUAGAGGGUUGUCGGUGGCUUCUAUUCUCUAAAAACCACCCCAUUUCUAUCUCUCGCUCUCUCCAUUACCACUCCCCGUUGUACCUGUGAGUGCAUUUCUUCCGGAUCGGAUUUUUUUUUUUUUUCUUGAUCUGGGUAUGGUAUGAAAUUAGUAGAUCUGGAAAGAAAUUGGGUCUCUGGUAUCUUCCCUUGCUCUAGUUCUGUUGCCUUGGUAAUCGAUGGAGGCGAGUGCCGGUUUGGUGGCUGGCUCUCACAACAGGAAUGAGCUAGUCGUCAUUCGUCGAGAAGGAGAAUCGGUUCCAAAGCCCUUGCAGCAGCUGAGUGGGCAGAUCUGCCAGAUUUGCGGUGAUGAUGUCGGGCUUACUGUUGAUGGGGAGCUGUUUGUCGCCUGCAAUGAGUGUGCAUUUCCCGUUUGCAGAACUUGCUAUGAGUAUGAGCGUAGGGAAGGAAGCCAGGUCUGCCCGCAGUGCAAAACCAGGUUCAGACGUCUCAAGGGGUGUGCUAGAGUUGCAGGCGAUGAAGAAGAAGAUGACAUUGAUGAUCUUGAGAACGAGUUUAAUUUUAUGGGAAGGGAUAAGCAGGAUAUGCAGUAUCUUGCAGAGGCCAUGCUUCAAGGCCACAUGAGCUAUGGUCGAGUGGGGGAUGCUGAUAUUCCUCAAGUAAUCCAUCCCAUGCCUCAAGUUCCUUUGCUCACCAAUGGCCAGAUGGUUGAUGACAUUCCUCCCGAACAGCAUGCAUUGGUACCCUCUUUCAUGGGUGGUGGAGGAAAAAGGAUUCACCCCCUUCCCUUCUCAGAUCCAAGUCUUCCAGUGCAACCCAGAUCCAUGGACCCUUUGAAGGACUUGGCUGCUUAUGGUUAUGGAAGUGUUGCUUGGAAGGAGAGGGUGGAACACUGGAAGCAAAAACAAGAGAAAUUUCAGGUCGUCAGGAAUGAAAGUGGUGGAAAGGAUUGGGAUAACGAUGGCGAUGGGCCAGAUCUACCCCUAAUGGAUGAGGCUAGACAACCUUUAUCGAGAAAGAUGCCUAUUCCAUCGAGCCAAAUCAACCCAUAUAGAAUGAUAAUUAUAAUCCGGCUUGUAGUACUUGGAUUCUUCUUUCAUUACCGGGUCAUGCAUCCUGUGAAUGAUGCCUAUGCACUGUGGCUCAUAUCUGUGAUAUGUGAGAUCUGGUUUGCUGUUUCAUGGAUCCUUGAUCAGUUCCCAAAGUGGCUCCCAAUUGACAGGGAAACUUAUCUCGACAGACUCUCCUUGAGGUAUGAGAAGGAAGGCGAGCCUUCGAAACUCUCUCCAGUUGAUAUAUUCGUGAGUACAGUGGAUCCUCUAAAGGAACCCCCACUGGUCACAGCAAACACAGUCCUUUCAAUUCUUGCUGUGGAGUACCCUGUCGACAAAGUUUCCUGCUAUGUUUCUGAUGAUGGUGCUGCAAUGCUGACAUUUGAAGCAUUAUCAGAAACAUCUGAGUUUGCAAGGAAAUGGGUCCCGUUCUGUAAGAAAUUUAAUAUUGAGCCACGGGCCCCCGAGUUUUAUUUUGCUCAAAAGAUAGAUUAUCUUAAGGAUAAGGUCUUACCAUCAUUUGUCAAGGAGCGGAGGGCAAUGAAGAGAGAGUAUGGGGAAUUCAAGGUUCGGAUCAAUGCAUUGGUGGCAAAAGCUCAAAAGGUCCCAGAAGAAGGGUGGACAAUGCAAGAUGGGACACUGUGGCCCGGAAACAAUGUUCGAGAUCAUCCUGGGAUGAUUCAGGUCUUUUUAGGCCAAAGUGGAGGGCAUGAUACUGAUGGAAAUGAAUUGCCACGCCUGGUGUAUGUCUCUAGAGAAAAAAGACCUGGGUUCAAUCAUCACAAGAAGGCUGGUGCAAUGAAUUCUCUGGUUAGAGUCUCUGCUGUGCUUACCAAUUCACCGUAUCUGUUGAACUUGGAUUGUGAUCACUACAUCAACAACAGUAAAGCUCUGAGAGAGGCAAUGUGUUUUAUGAUGGACCCAUUGUUGGGGAAAAAAGUGUGCUAUGUGCAGUUUCCACAGAGGUUUGAUGGUAUUGACCGACACGAUCGUUAUGCCAAUCGGAACACCGUGUUCUUUGAUAUCAACAUGAAAGGCUUGGAUGGAAUUCAAGGACCUAUUUACGUCGGCACAGGGUGCGUGUUUAGAAGACAGGCACUUUAUGGCUAUGAUGCUCCAAAAACGAAGAAGCCACCCAUGAGAACCUGCAACUGUUGGCCAAAGUGGUGCUGCUGUGGAUGCUGUUGUUCUGGGAAGAAGACGAAAAAGAAUGCCAAGGCUAAGCUAGAGAAGAAGAGGAAUUCUAAGAGAGCGGAUGCGGGAGCACCUGUGUUUGCUUUGGAGGGUAUCAAAGAGGGAAUUGAAGGGAUUGAGAGUGAGAAAUUGGCUUUGACGUCCGAGCUAAAGUUGGAAAAGAAAUUUGGGCAGUCUCCAGUGUUUGUUGCAUCUACACUGCUUGAGAAUGGUGGAGCACUGAAAAGUGCUAGCCCUGCCUACCUGUUGAAAGAAGCCAUCCAUGUGAUUAGCUGUGGCUAUGAAGAUAAGACCGACUGGGGAAAAGAGGUUGGAUGGAUCUAUGGUUCGGUUACAGAGGAUAUCUUGACGGGUUUUAAAAUGCACUGUCAUGGAUGGCGAUCCAUAUAUUGUAUUCCAGCGAGGCCAGCAUUCAAAGGAUCUGCACCCAUCAAUCUUUCUGAUCGUCUGCACCAGGUCCUUCGGUGGGCUCUUGGUUCAGUAGAAAUUUUCUUGAGCAGACAUUGCCCUCUGUGGUAUGGGUAUGGGGGUGGAUUGAAAUGGUUAGAGCGGCUAUCUUACAUAAAUGCAACAGUGUAUCCUUUGACAUCAAUCCCUUUGCUGGCUUACUGUACCUUACCUGCUGUCUGCUUGCUUACUGGGAAAUUUAUCACACCAGAGCUGAGCAACGUUGCUAGCUUGUGGUUUCUGUCACUUUUCAUCUGUAUUUUUGCAACUGGUAUCCUGGAAAUGAGAUGGAGUGGCGUUGGCAUUGAUGAUUGGUGGAGAAAUGAGCAGUUUUGGGUUAUUGGAGGAGUUUCAGCACAUCUCUUUGCGGUUUUCCAGGGGCUCCUUAAGGUUCUUGCUGGUGUUGAUACCAAUUUCACUGUGACAUCAAAGGGUGGUGAUGACGAAGAGUUCUCAGAGCUCUAUGCUUUUAAGUGGACCACAUUGCUUAUACCCCCAACAACACUGCUGAUAAUAAACCUAAUUGGUGUUGUUGCGGGCAUUUCGAAUGCAAUAAACAAUGGUUAUGAGUCAUGGGGACCUUUGUUCGGUAAGCUUUUCUUUGCCUUCUGGGUGAUUGUCCACCUCUACCCUUUCCUCAAAGGUUUAUUGGGCAGGCAGAACAGGACACCGACCAUCAUUAUUGUCUGGUCAAUUCUCCUUGCUUCAAUUUUCUCCCUCUUGUGGGUUCGGAUCGACCCAUUCUUGGCCAAGUCAGAUGGUCCAGUAUUGGAGGAAUGUGGAUUAAACUGUAAUUAGCCAACUUGAAGCAUUCAGUGGGGGAUACAUUCUGAUGAUCCCUGGGAGAACAUGUCUGAUACAUUUCUAUCAUGGUGUGAGCCACAAUUAUCGGUGGAGUCUAUGAUGGCUGUGAUGAGAUUCUGCAAUCUGUAGAUAGAUAGGCAAAUUGGUUGCAAUUUUUGUUGGGUGGGUGCAACUCGGUGCUUUUGAAGUGGAAAUGGGAAGUUGACCUCUCCACUUGUGGUUCACCCAUGGAAGAUGGGUAGUUGCAGCAGUGAGUAAUUCUUUAUUUGCCGGUGAAAUUGGACUGUCAACAACAUCGUUCAUGUAUUAUUGCAGUUGAUCUCUUUAUUGAUUUCUUCAAAAUAAGGCGACCUUGCCUGCCAUGGAACAUGAGGAAACUCAAAAAAAGAAAAAGAAAAGUGUCAGCCCUCCUGGUUUGGGUAUCACUCAUUUCUGGGCAUGUGUUUUAUUCCUGAUAUAUGGAGAGCGGUGCUCCCACUAGAAAACUUUAAGAAGUAGAAGAGAACGUGUACGUUGUUUUUUUUUUUUUUUUUUCCUGUUGGUGGGUCUGUUAAAUUUGGGGGUAAACUCAGUGCUAAAUUAUAGGUUGUAGAGUUAACUUUCCGAUGCUUUAAAAAGUUUCUGUAAUAAGAAUGGUAUUUAUUCGUUUUAAACAA